AUGCGGGAUGCCUUGGUUAAGAUCUACCUAUUUGUGUAUCAGGCCACGAAGAAACCAGCCUCCUCCAACACCAUCACGAUGGAUGGUGGACCCACCUCCGUCUUCAGGGACGCGCCUCAGUGCUCGAAAACCCAGGUCAUCUAUCUAGGGAUAUGUGGCAUCCCCGGUUCACCCUUUUAUAUGAAUGACUCCUACACUUUCCGGUUUACAGUGGAUUGCCCAAGUGCCCUCUGUAAUCUUCCAGCCGGAGAGGCUGUCGAUCAUGACGCAGAAAGCCAGUUCGUCCAAAAUGUGAUAUCUCUCUACAAUCAGGAGAUUUUCUCUGCGCGCGAGUGGAGAUGCCAAAUUUGUGGAAAACCUGCAAAAGAACUAUACCAUGCCAUGGUACCAUUUCUUAGCUCUGGACGCGGAUCAUUGGCCUCCUUUCAACCAUUUAUUGCCCUUCAGCCAUCGAGCGCCUUUCAGCCAUCGGUGUGGGACUCUGUCAUCCCGAUUUGUGUUGCUGCUGGAAUGUGUGAUCGCAAAGCAGAGGAGGUAGCCAAGGGCUUCUUCACAAAUGCACUUCCUGGAACCUUCCUGCACCCUGAAUACGCCUGUAUUGCUCAAAGGGAUGCCAAUCAUUACACUGGCCAAAUCACAAGAGGAACUGUCGUCAGGCACAGAAAGAACGUGCCAAAAAGGAGAACAAAAAGUGCUUGUGAACAUGCGGAUGUCAGAAUAUCUUCACAGAAUCACGGGAGAAAAGGGCAUGCAGGUUUUAGCGAGCUGUGA